AUGGCACCUUUAAAAGACCUGUUGAAUCACGACGAAGAUCUCGGGAUCUUGUCGUCUCCCCCAAGCGAGGAUGAACGCAAAUAUUGGGAAAGAUGUAGUCGCAGCGGUAGUGAAUCGUGCCCAUCAGAAGUGUCCAGUACUGAGAGUGACUCCCACCAAUUUCUGGCAUGUCAGUGGAAUAACUGUGGUCAAAAAUUCGCUCAACCAGAGUUGCUGUACCACCAUUUAUGCAACGACCAUGUUGGGAGAAAAUCGCAGAAAAACUUGCAGUUGAACUGCCAGUGGGGCAACUGCACGGCCAAAACUGUCAAAAGAGAUCAUAUCACGUCGCAUUUGAGAGUCCAUGUACCAUUGAAACCAUUUGCGUGUUCCUCCUGUGUCAAGAAGUUCAAGCGUCCCCAGGAUCUCAAAAAACAUCUGAAGGUGCAUUUUGACGACGAUGCAGCGGCUGGACGUAAGAAGGGGCCCAAAUCCAGCUCGAAAAAAGUGGCAAAACCGGACUCGAAGUCUGCUGAACUCACUGCACCCAAACUUGCAUCAGCAACAUUUGAGAAGUUUUUAUCCGAGGAAGUUAGACACUACCAGCCCUUCUAUACUCCACAGCUAGGCCAACGUAUUCAGUCGUUGCCCGUUCCGUCGAUAUCUCAUCUGGCUAGGAACAUCCCUGAAAAUGGUCUGAACCCUGGUGCUGCUGUCACACACACGUCGCCACGCCUACAGGAACACAGCGUAUCUCCUUGCUCGUCUCCAGAAGACCUAAGGCAUGCAGCAGGCUUCUUUACGUCCCUUUCUUACGAUAUGAACAGAAGACUUCCCCGUCUGCCCCAGCUCAAUGCGGUUCAGCCCCCCACCGCUCCCCUCUCUCCUCUCAUUCCCGCUGGCGUACCUCAAAGAUACCCACAAGUACUUCAGCUUCCUCCAAUUUAUUCUGCUGUGCCUUAUGGUGCUACUCAUAGCAGCCAAAUUCCAAGUGCUUAUCAGAUGAACGUUCCAUUCGCUUCCUCCAGGGUAGAUACUCCUGCGAGGAUGCCUCAAUUCCGCCCUGGUGACGUCUUCAGCAUGCACCAAAAGAAUUCUGGCCACUCGUCAGAAUCUAGCACACACGAGGAGCAAAUAGGAGAUUUAUUCAAUGCUUUGAGCUUGAAUUCAUCUGACGAACAAGAUUUUAUGGACACUUUGGAGAAAGUAAACAUCAUGAAAGAUUAUUUGAUAUGUUUGAUGCUUGAAGAUGAAUAUCUCUCGGACGAAGAGGUCUCAACUGACGAAGUUCACGGCACAACGAAGCGUAUCGCUGCCGAUGUGCCAUCUGCGAAACCUUUAUCGAAAUACCCGACCGUGGUGGUAUAA